AUGCGUGUCCCAUUAGAUAAAUAUGGCCGCAUAAAAACCAUCGUGCACGGGGUCCAAGCGGCUAUCUUGUUCCUCGCCUGGAUCCUCACAAUAGCCCUCUUCACACGGAAAGGGCAUACGGAUGGCCGAGUAGGCUGGUACUUUGGCCUGUGCUGGCUUACGAUCCCUAUUCUGGUCUACCUGGUAAUGGUGCCGAUGUGGUCGCGCGCCCGACGGUUUGCAAACGUGUAUGCCUUUGCCUCGCUCGAUGGGCUUUCUGUGGUUCUAUGGCUGAGCGCCUGGGCGGCGGUCGCUUCAUACGUGUCGACGGGAAAAGGGAAAGGCGACAAGAAUGACGCCUCAGGAUGUGACAAUUUCAAGUAUGGCACGCCCGGGCGCUGCAAGCUCAGCGAGGCUAUCAUCGUGUUCGGCGUGUUUGAGAUGCUCCUGUUCGUCGCCACUACCUUAAUUUCCUUCCGUGCAGUCAUGACCUACAAACGCACCGGGAUGAUGCCUACCACCCAUGAAACAGGAGCGGAUGGGAAAUACAACGAGGGCUCGGAUCCCACUCAAGACGCCUUCUCGAGUAAUAUGCGGCCAGAAGAGGAGGACCUUGACGCUGACCAGUACAAUGGCGGCGUCAGACAGGAGUAUGCUUAUACAAAGACUUCUUUCGACAACGAGGCAUAUGCUCCAAUUCACCAGGGCGACCACGACGAGCUUGCGCAUAUGGCACCGCAACAGCCGCAGAGUCCUUUGAACCAUAACGGCUUGGGAAUCCACGAUUAUGAUACAAGCUACACUGGCGCGUACGGAGCCCAGGGCCAACACUUGCCGAUUCGAUGA